AUGGCGACACUCGAGGCUGCCGAGCUGCUGGCCAAGCGGACGCUCAUGGCCGAGCGCCAGGCCAUGCGACGCAUCGCCAAAAGGGUACCCAGCGACAAGCCCCAGAUACCCCUAUCGAUUGUUCGGGAAAAUCUUCACCACCGCAUGAAACAGGCCAGCAUAGCACGGCGUGAGGACUGGGAAAAGGGCCCGCUCGCUCCGCGCCGCGACGCCAUGCGGACGUCCAUCCCCCAAUUCAAGAAGACGCUUGUGACGGACUACGAGAGGAAAGCCUUGACCGGCGAUGUGCCUCUGAUCUACGGCGCCGUUGAGAGGGAGGUCGCCCUUCUCGAUACUGUCCCUACCGACCAGCAGCUCGAGGAGCGCUGGGCCUGGGCCGGCGGGAGCAAGUUCCCCAACCUGGCCGUGGGUGACCGCGUCGUGGUUGUCGAGGGUCCCUUUAAGGGCCAGAUAUCCACCAUCAGCCAGAUCGACCGAGAUAGAGGUGUCUUGUUUUUGGAACAAGUCGGAACUAUCAACGUCCGAGUUCCAUCCUUUGUAGAGAGAAUGGCCCAGGGCCAGCCUGUCAUCACCAUGCCAUCCGCCAUGCCCGUGUCCGCCGUCCGGCUGGUCCACCCGAUACCAGACCCCAAGACGGGCGAGUUCAAGGAUGUCAUCAUCAAGAACCUGGUAGCCGGAGGCUUCUACCACGACCGGCCCACGCGAAAGAGCACCUGGUACCGGAUGGUACCUGGCCUGAACAUGAAGAUCCCUUGGCCCAAGACGCCGCCCACCGUCCACGAAGACCAACCCGUUGACACGCUCCGCAUCGACGUCGAGAAGAAGACCUGGGUCCCCACGCUGACGGUGCCGCCCAUGCCCGAGUCCGUCAUCGACGAGCUCCGCGACAAGUACUCCAAGUUCCGCACCCGCCACACCGACGAGUACCUCGCCAAGAAGCAGGCUGAGAUCGACGCCAAGAAGGCCAGGAACAAGAUGGGCGAGUCCAUGCUCACACCUUUGCAGGAGUACAACAAAAAGCAGAGGGAGAUCAGGGCCGCUCAACCUGCACCGGAGCUUACGGAUGAGAUGCUGGCCAAGAUUGGAGAAAUCAUGGCCAGGAACCGGGCCUAUCCUCUUUCCAAGGAAGCCAUCGCCCCCGAGCCUACGAGUGUCUCGAUUGAGGAGCUGGCGCAAGCUGUUCAGGACAUUCCCAUCAAGGAAUAG